AUGGAUCAAGAAACAGACACGGUCCCUCGGCUUUGGUCAGCCACUGAAGCUCUACAGAAGCUCCGUUCUCGCGAGCUCACGAUUGAACAGUAUGCAGCCUCACUUCUCGUGCGGAUAAAGCAACGCGACGAUGAUGUUAAGGCGUGGGCAUACCUCAAUCCCGACGCUGUGAUGGAGCAGGCCAGAGCGCUCGACAGAGUUCCAUUUGAACAGCGUGGACCGUUGCAUGGUCUGCCAGUUGGGAUUAAAGACAUUAUCUUGACCAAGGACAUGCCAACUGAACAUGGGUCCAAGAUAUACAAGAAUGAUCAUCCUGAAAUUGACGCCGGCUCUGUAAUGGCCCUUCGGCAUGCAGGAUGCCUCAUUUUUGGUAAGACGACCACGACAGAGUUCGCUUUCUCCUUCAUUGGUCCAGCUACUCGCAACGCUCAUAGCGUCAAUCACACGCCAGGCGGUUCUUCAUCUGGAUCAGCAGCAGCAGUAGCAGAUUUCCAGAUCCCUAUAGCACUAGGAUCACAGACGAAAGGCUCCAUCGUUCGACCAGCUGCGUUCAAUGGUGUUUAUGGCUUUAAGCCUACCUGGCAGUCAAUCACGCGUGAGGGACAGAAGUUUUGUUCUCCUAGCGUUGAUACAAUUGGCUUCUUCGCGCGUAGUGUUGCCGACUUCGAACUAUUCGCUGAUGCCUUUGCUCUAAAUGACUACGAGGAGUCUUACUUCAAGGAAGUCAAGGGCUCUAAAUUUGCUAUCUGUAAGCCAGUUCAUUGGGAUAUGGCUGGUCAAGGAACCAGAGAGGCGAUGGACAAAGCUGUUGAGUUACUGCGAGCUCACGGCGCCCAAGUCGAAGAACUCGAUCUCGGUCCUGACUUUGAGAAAGUCGUGGAGUGGCUCAAUCUGAUUGUCAAACUCGAAGGCGCAACAAGUCUCGUGCCCGAGUAUCUUCAGGCCAAAGAACAGAUGGACAAAACAUUGGCAAAGGGAGUUGAGGAGAGAAGAAGCGUUUCACGCAAGGCCCAGUUGCAGGCAUAUGAUGGACUCGCAGCGUUGCGACCUCGUUUCGAUAAGCUUGCGGAGGGGUACACGGCCGUGCUUGCACCAAGUGUGCUUGAUGAAGCUCCUGAGGGGCUGGGUAAUACCGGUGAUCCGGUCUUUGCAUCACCUUGGACUGCUUUACAUGUACCUGUGAUGAACAUUCCUGGAUUUCGAGGGAAGACCGAUAUGCCAGUGUGUGUUUCGCUUGUUGCGGCGAGACUUCGUGACAGGCAUUUGCUCAAGGUAUGUGAGGCUGUUGGUGGAAUCUUCGAGAAGGAAGGUGGUUGGAAUAGAUAA